AUGAAAGUAAUUCAAAAUCCAACACAGUAUUUCUUUGAAUAAUCUAACAAUCCAUCUGAUGAGUACUUAGACAAGAUUAAUUUAUUCAUUGGAAAAUUAAUUAAUUAAAAAUAAUGCCUUUUAUGCAAAUAAGAUUACAACAUAAAAGAUAGAUUACCUAGAAUACUAAUCCAUUGUGGACAUACUAUUUGUACAUAAUGUUUAGGCAAUUUUUAUAGGUUAAUUUUAUUAAUUUAAUAAGUUCUAGAAAUAGAAGAGUUAGAUGUCCACUUUGUUUGAAAUUAGUUAAACAUUUAGAUUCUAUUGAUAGAUUGCCUGUAUAUAUAUUAUAAUUACUAUAGAUCAAUCAUACAAUUUUUACUAAAAUGGCUGAUGAGAUUAAUAAAAAAAGCAGGUUCCAUGGAGGUACUGAUGUAAUAGAUCCAUAAUAAUAUUUAUUCACUUAAUUUCAAUAAUCAGCUGUCUAAGCUUAAAAAAUUAGAUAACAUUAAUAGAAUCAAUAUCCUCAAAUAGAUCCUGAUUCAGGACUUGAGUUUUGUGAAUUCCAUAAUGAUAGAGUAAAACACUUCUUUUGUAUGAAACAUAAAAUCACUUGUUGUAGAGUUUGUUCUGAUAUGAUUCAUUAAAAAAAGGUAUUUACACAAAUUUAUUUUCAAAGGAUUGCAUUGUUGUUGAUCUUUAUGAAAUUGAAGAUAUUCCUGCAUUUUUAAAUGAAGCCUACAAAUUAAAUCAAGAAAAUAAUUGUUAAAAUCAAAAUAUUGAAUUCCUACCUGGUAUUAUUUUUUAUUUAAAUAGAUGAGGAUAACAAUUUUAAUGAUGAAGAUUUAGAAGGAGAAUUUGCUUAAAAUGAAAGUCUAAAAAGCUUAUGA